AUGGCCGGUUUUAUUUCUUAUGUCGAGGUGCUGGGAGCUGCUUACCUCGCACUCACUUUGGCAUUCUACGCACUCUCCCUUCGAAUACCUGCCGCGGGCUUCGCAGCACGACUUCUCGCUUCCUACGCUGCCCUCCUUAUUGCGUCUGCGUAUGGUGUCGUGGUUUCAAUAUGUUUUCGCGUGGUGGGAUAUCAUCGAAGCGGGCAAUGGGCAACAGGACGAUGCUUCAAAUACGUCAUGCAGCUUACGACCGGUGUUACCUUUAAGAUUGAAGAUCCGCAUGACUACCUAAAUACCAUUCGCCCGGCGGUAUUUGUGGGAAACCAUCAGACCGAGUUAGAUGUGUUGAUGCUGGGUUGCAUAUUUCCUAGGUUCUGCUCCGUCGCUGCGAAGAGCUCAUUGAAAAAAAUACCGUUUCUAGGAUGGUUCAUGUCGCUUUCUGGGACUGUAUUUAUCGACAGAACGAACCCAAAUAAUGCACGGUCAGCGAUGGAGGGUGCAGCCAAAGAAGUGUCAAGCCAACGACAGAGCGUGUUCAUGUUCCCCGAGGGGACGAGGAGCUAUUCAAAAGAGCCGAUGCUACUGCCUUUCAAAAAGGGUGCAUUCCAUCUAGCCGUACAAGCUGGCGUUCCUAUUGUGCCAGUCGUUGCGGCCAAUUACUCCGACAUAUUAUAUGUCAAAGGUUUCAUGUUCAAAUCUGGAGUGAUUCCACUCAAGGUAUUGAAACCAAUCGAAACGAAAGGAUUGACCACCGCUGAUGUGGAAGACCUAACUCGCGACACUCGAAAUCUGAUGUUGAAGGAAAUCACAGAGCUGACAGCGAGGCAUCGUGGUCAGCCAAUGAAAAUACCUUCCGGGGAGACGGGCGGUGUAGUGAAAGCAAGCGGAGCUGAGGCUACAAUCACCUCGUAA